AUGUCCGCUGCAGAAGAAGGCCGCCCUGAUACUGCCACUGUGCCCCGGUUCAGAUAUCUAUUCGACAGGGGCUCUCCACCUACCGCAUUUUGGCCAUGUCUAGGCGAUUUUGUCGUCCUCACUAUCGAUCCAGUUGCAUCUGUCGGACACUUGGAUGUAGCGGCGAAGCGCGCUGCACGCAAAAUACCCCGGCAUCGUUUCGUGGCAUUAGUGAUGUCGGGUCGCGGGAUUCCCUUGGAGACAAAGCCAUUCACUCAUCAUUCCAUUGCGCUCGUUCGCCGGGAGCUACCCACACUCAAUCAUCCUCCUUGGGACACGCCGGAAAUGUGUUACCCCAUCCUGCCCAACACCCAUCAUCCCACUCGGAGUGAAACCAUCCAGCCUACACACCCGUUCCCCCUCGUCGACUGCUAUAUCGACAUGACAUGGGCCUUUCAGGACCCUAUAGGCUGCCGUAUCACCACGACACCGUGCAACUAUACCUCGGUACUGCGUGUAAUGCCAAGACAGAUUGCUCGCCUGAGCAGAUUGUUCAGCCAGGAGGUGACCCGUGUUGAAGACCUGGAGGAAAGGAUCAGAUAUGGCGACAUAGAGGUCAUUGCAUCCAUCCCUCUUCCUCCAUCCCCGGCAUCGGCUGCUCGCAUACCUCUUCCUGAGUCCCCUACACCUUCGCCCGUGUCCUCGGUGAAGAGAAGCCAAAGGUCUCGUGGCUCUAAAUCGGGCGCGUUGUAUUCUCCUGGUACCCAUGCUGCCUCAGACGAGGUCUCCAUCAUCGGUAGCGACGAUAGCGACUCGUCGUCUAGUAACUACGACAGAGAAAGCGAGGUUGAGAGCGACGCUUUGGACGGCCAGCUAUUCGAGAUGAUGCGAUUCGAAGACAUGGUCAAUGAUACUGGCGACCCGCGUGACCCCGUUGCUGACGUCUCGUAUGAUCUGGACGAUGUGGACGAAGUCACUGACCCCCUCUUGUUCAUCAAAGUUCGAGACCAGCUCCGCAGCAUCAUAGAUGAUGCUGAACUGCGCCUGGGGAUCAGAGACAAGCCUGCGCCCGAACAACCCGCCGCUUCAGAUUCAUCGUCGACUUCAAGCGUGAAUGGGGAACGGCCAGCAAGCAUCUUACCCCCAUCAGAUCGCAAUUUUGUCCAUUCCGAGCAGCAUAUGCACCGGAAUGGACCCGUCGCCAGAUUAUUGGAACGUGGACGUCAAGUCUCGCGCGUCCUCUGGACCAAGUUGCGCCAAUUAACAGCCGUCCGUUGUCACGCUUCAUCUGCGAUGUCGGACGCAGACGAUUGA